CUUGAUCAACAUAUACACCACCCAUCGCAUCAAAAUGUCCACAGUAACGAAAAAGACAAAGAUGUCUGACUUGGUCAACUACAGGUUGAAAAUCCUCUCCAUAGACAACAGAUACUUCGUGGGCACGCUCUUGGCAUUCGACACCCACAUGAACUUGGUGUUGGCAGACACCGAAGAGUCCAGAAUAACCAACAAGUCGUUGCAAGCGUUGAAAGACUCCAGCAACACCUCCAAGCCUGUGUAUGACAAACGGUCGCUCGGAUUGAUUGUGUUGAGAGGCGAGCAGAUCGUCAGUUUAAGCAUCGAGAGCCCUCCAGCUGUGGAUCCCAAAAAGAGAUUGGGGUUGGAGAAGGGUAAGGGCAUAAGCAAGCCCUUGAAAACUCCAGUGAGCGUGAAGGCGAAGAGCUUGCAGGGACCCACGCUCAAGAACGGCAGAAAAGUAUGAGCUUGAUGUGAUGAUGGUGGUAGUUGAUGUGUUAAUAAUGACUGGGUCAAGAACAUGGUUUGGACGGAGUCUUUAGGUAUUCCUCGCCCGGUGCCCGAUAAGAACAUGAAGAAAACCUGGGUAAUUUCCUUGAAGUUUAAUUCACAGUGUAGUAUAGAUCAAUAAACAGUAGAUACGCAAGCGUAAACCAG